AUGAUUCUGGACUCGCAGCAUUAUCGUGUGCUCAAACCGCAAAUGAACUUCGAAGCUAGGCAAGAGUCGCCAAACUCCCACCGUGGGCUCAACGACCGUGGAGCACAGGUCAUUGUCAUUGUAGCAGUUUUCUGGACAAUCGCAACGAUAUCUGUUGUGCUGCGACUUCAUGCUCGUCGCAUGAAAAGAAUCGCAUUCAUGAUCGAAGACUGGCUGGUGGUAGGAGCGUUAAUAAUAUUUUAUGGGUUUGGGAGUGGAGACAUAAUGCUGGUCGUUUUUGGGGGUUCUGGAUGGCAUGUGGAUCAAUUGAAUCCCGCACAGCUGAAGACCGCCCAAAAGGUCUUGCUUGCAAAUCAGAUGCUGUACGGUGUCGGGCUUGGAUUAAUCAAAUGCAGUAUCACCAUCAUGUUAAUCAGGAUAUUUGCGGUCCCGAAAUUCAGACUCGCAGGAUACUUUGUCUUGGCAAUGUGCAUUUCAUGGACUGUAAUGACAAUCCUGAUAGCUUUCCUUAUCUGCCGUCCAUUGGGCUAUAAUUGGAAUCUUCAACCUACAGCUGGGCAUUGUGGCAACACGAUAUCUGCCUAUACAGCCGUUGGUAUUGUAGAUAUCAUCACGGAUUUGAUGAUUCUCUCACUUCCCCAACCUAUGAUUUGGAGGCUACAAAUGCCAACGGCAAACAAAAUAGCACUUGCAGCAUUGAUGUGUUUUGGUUUGUUUACUGUCGCUAUGAGCGUUGCACGAGUGGUAACAAUUCUCAAUACUGAUUUCUCUGAUUUUACUUACAACCUCUACAAUUAUAUCUGGCCCGUGAUAGAGUUCGGUGUUGCUAUCUUUGUUUGCUGUGGUCCCUUGUUGCGUCCUAUAUUGACCCCUAUUAUUGGGGCUCUUGCCUCGAUCAGCACUCGACUGGGGUCAAAGCAGGAUUCAAGAAGACAGAGUUCGACGACCAAAAGAGGAGGCCACCGAGGAUUCAGUCAUUUGGAUGAAGAUGGUUUGCCCCUUCAGCCGAUGGCGAAAGGAACGCACACCAACACUAUCAGCGCCACCAACGACGCGCGGAACAACAGAACAAGCACUUCCGGCAACGCUAUAUCUUCUGAUAACAAGGCCAUUGUGGUAGAGACUGCUUGGGAUUGUGCAUAA